UUUCUAAAUAGUCUUAAAGAAAACAACACAUGUUUUCCUUUGAUGGAACAGCUGACAGCAGCAGUAGAAGUCCGAGCCUGAUCGCCAGGCUGUGUAAUCGAUCCCCGAUAAGCCGGCAGGUUCCCAGCAGUCAGGCUGCUGAAGCAACGCAGCAGGUUAAACGGGUCUGGAUCGGAGUCAGGCUGACAGGCAGCUCCGGAAGUCCGGCAGUAGUUGUUUAGUUUUCUGGGUCGUUUUCAGCGGAACCAGCCGGGAACAUGGCGGACACAGAAGAAAUGUUCCUCCGAGCCAAACAUCGGACUUUCAGCGGACUGACUGAAGAGGCGGAGCGGCAGUGGACCGGGCCGUUCUGCUUCGUCCAGGCUGCGGACCCCCAGCUGGGCCUGAUGAAGGCGUGGCGGAUCGGCGACGCGGUGGGCGGCGGGGACGAGUGGGAGGAGGAAGUGGCGCUCACCAAGCAGGCGGUGGCGGGGGUCAACCAGCUGCGGCCCCGACCCCGCUUCAUGGUGCUGUGUGGGGACCUGGUCCACGCCAUGCCGGGAACCGAAUUCAGAGAAGCCCAGGAGCGGGACCUGAAGGAGGCCCUGAGGGAGACGGACCCAUCUAUCCCACUUGUGUUCGUCAGCGGGAACCACGACCUGGACCAGGUACCGACUCCCAGCACGGUGGAGCAGUACUGCCGGGCCUGGGGCGACGACUACUUCAGCUUCUGGGUGGGCGGCGUUCUCUGCCUGGUCCUGAACUCCCAGCUGUACUUCAACGCCUCGGCCUGCCCGCAGCAGAAGGAGGCUCAGGAGACGUGGCUGGAGGCGCAGCUGAGCAGGGCCUCCUCUGCGGAACCCAAACCCAAACACAUCUUGGUUUUCCAGCACAUUCCUCUGUACGUGAAGAGUCACGAUGAACAGGACGAGUAUUUCAACCUGCCGCAGGAAACGAGGCAGAACCUGAUGGAGCGUUUCAAACGGGCAGGCGUGACGGCCGUCUUCUCGGGUCAUUACCACCGGAACGCCGGCGGCUGCCACGACGGCCUGGACAUGGUGGUGACCUCGGCCAUCGGCUGCCAGCUGGGCGACGACACCCACGGCGUGCGGCUGGUGGCGGUGACGGCCAACGCCGUGGUGCACCGCUACUACAGCCUGGAGCAACUAGGGCAGCGCGGCGUGGACGAGGAGCUCAGGAAGAUGUUGCAGGCCUGCUAACUUCCUGUCUGCUGACUUCCUGUCUGCUGACUUCCUGUCUGCUUCCAGGAAAAACUAAAACCAAAACUAAACCACUCCCAGCCUCUGACACUAAUACUUUAUUUUAGGAACCUUUAAAUCAUCUUCAUGUUAUCGUUGAACUGUUAGUCACAAAACCUUGGAGGCGGUGCGUCACCAAUAAUCUUCCUGUGGGAAACAAACACUGAGAAUUGAGCCUAACAGAAAACAAACUUAGUGUGAAAAUCAACAAAAUUAGCUUUUUAAACCUUUUUAGUAUUUAAUUUUCACACUGGAAAAUCAUUGUCGGUACAAUCCUCAGAUUAGCUGUUAGCUUUAGCUUCCUGGACCAGCUCAACAAGGAGAAAACAAAAGAGACAUAAAAUAUUACCUGCUUAUACCUGGUCUGGAGAACCCCAGAUCUGUAAUGUUGACCUCGUUAGCGACUCUAUGCAACCGUUUCCUGUUAGUGAGUCUGAUCUAGUUCUUAAUUUCUGGAAUAUUAUGAUUUGAAUCUUUGCAGAAAAUUCAUCUUUAAAAAGCCCAGUUAUUGAAUUUGAUUAUGAUCAGACGCAUUAUACAGCAGAGAAUUGAUUAUUUAAACUAAAUCUGUAAUA